GUUGUUCGUCAUUGCCUUCUUGAUACCUACGAGAAUCUUACACUUGCUCAUCUGACAACUUGUGAGGAUUGCUGUGAUCAGUAUUAUUUGGCUCCUUUAUCAAGACUUCACGAAGAUCGCCCACUCAGUUGCCCCGUAUUGCUUGAAUCUCUUUUGGUCCCCGUCUGUCAGCAAUCUUGGCGUUUACGCGGCACAAUCGCUCUUCUUCAUCGCUUCUGCCUUUCAGUGUUUCGAGCACGCCGAUUACUGCAAACUUAUUCGAGUCAAAAUUCUGGUGAGUCUUGGCCUAUUAGCCUUAGGGUACCAGCUCAUAACCAGGCUGUAGAGGACAUAAAUUCUCGGAACAAGGUCUAUGCUGCUGCUCUUUUAAGCCAGUUUAUACUUAAUGCAGUUCAAGCUCUUAAAUGGCAUAUAAUUUAA